AUGUCUACUACAAUCCCAGAUUCAAUGCAAGCACUGGUGGGAAACCGACUGGCGACCGCACGACUGGCCAACUAUGCCUUGGGAAAGCCCUGCGGAGAUGGAACCAAGGUGCAGACAGUUCCCACUCCAACCAUAUCAGACACAGAAAUCCUCGUUCGCGUCAAAGCGGUCGCGCUGAAUCCCACAGACUUCAAACAUGUUGACCUUCUCGCGCCGAAAGGGGCCAUCAUCGGCUGUGACUUUGCCGGAACCGUGGCCAAGGUGGGUUCGAAAGCGCCUGGUAACUGGGAGGUUGGCGACCGGGCAGCAGGCUGGGUGCACGGCGGCUUGUACUACGACCGUGGCUCGUUCGCUGAAUUUCUGAAGGUCCCGGGCGACCUGGCUUGGAGGGUUCCCCACACUGUGACCGAUGAAGCAGCAAGUACCUAUGGGGUGUCUGCCGUGACUGCGAUGCUGGCUCUCAAUGCGCGUCUGGACGUUCCUUGGGCGGAUGGAGGCCCAGAAGGAGGACAUCGUGACUCGCCUGUGUUCAUAUAUGCGGGUGCAACCAGUGCCGGUCUCUACGCCAUUCAAGUAGCCAAACUCGCCGGCUUGAAGGUCGUAACGACAGCAUCUCCACGGUCGCAUGACUUGGUGAAGCAAUAUGGAGCUGACGAUGUGUUUGAUUAUCGAUCGCCAACUGCAGCAGACGAAAUCGCCAGCGCGUACCCACAGAUGAGCCGAGCCUUGGACUGUUUUUCCGAAGGGGGUUCGACGGACUUUUGCAUUAAGGUUGUCCAGAAGGCGAAGGGCAAGGUGGUCACUCUGUUAGACAGGGGCAAGACGACCGACGCAGGGGUAGAAGUGGACUUUCUGCUUGGGUAUGGGGCCUUUAAUCUUCCAUACCAGUGGAUGCCUCCGGUCGGCCCUCGAUUUUCGGCCAACCCGUCCGACAACGCCGCUCUACGUCGGUUUUAUGCAUCGCUGCACGACGUCUGCCAUCAACUGCGACCACCUCCGCUCAAGAACAUCGAGGGCGGGCUGCACCAUCUCAAUGAAGGUCUAGAUCUCCUGCGCAAGGGACAGGUUGCCGGUACCAAGUUGGUCGCACGUCUGGGAUAA